AUGGCUACUACCACCAGCACCACCGGCUCCACCCUGCUGCAGCCCCUCAGCAACGCGGUGCAGCUGCCCAUAGACCAGGUCAAUUUUGUAGUGUGCCAACUUUUUGCCUUGCUAGCAGCUGUUUGGUUUCGAACUUAUCUACAUUCAAGCAAAACUAGCUCUUUUAUAAGACAUGUUGUUGCCACCCUUUUGGGCCUUUAUCUUUCACUAUUUUGCUUUGGAUGGUAUGCCUUACAUUUUCUUGUACAAAGUGGAAUUUCAUACUCUAUCAUGAUCAUAAUAGGAGUUGAAAAUAUGCACAAAUACUGUUUUGUGUUUGCUUUGGGAUACCUUACAGUGUGCCAAAUUACCAGAGUCUAUAUCUUCGAUUAUGGGCAAUAUUCUGCUGAUUUUUCAGGCCCAAUGAUGAUAAUUACACAGAAGAUCACUAGUUUGGCUUAUGAGAUUCACGAUGGUAUGUUUCGAAAAGAAGAAGAACUGACCCCAUCACAGAGAGGUUUAGCUGUAAGACGCAUGCCAAGUCUACUGGAGUAUUUAAGUUACAACUGUAAUUUCAUGGGUAUCCUGGCAGGCCCAUUAUGCUCUUACAAAGACUAUAUUACUUUCAUUGAAGGCAGAUCAUAUCAACUGACACAGACUGAAGCAAAUGGAAAAGAAGAAAGACAAUAUGAAAGAACAGAGCCAUCUCCAAAUAUUGCAGUAAUGCAGAAGCUCUUAGUUUGUGGGCUUUCCUUAUUAUUUCACUUGACUGUCUCCAAAACAUUACCUGUAGAAUACAACAUCGAUGAUCAUUUUCAAGCUACAGCUUCACUACCAACAAAGGUUAUUUACUUAUAUAUCUCCAUUAUGGCUGCCAGACCUAAGUAUUAUUUUGCAUGGACUUUAGCUGAUGCUAUUAAUAAUGCAGCUGGAUUUGGUUUUAAAGGCUAUGAUAAAAAUGGAAAAGAAUGUUGGGAUUUAAUUUCCAAUUUGAGAAUCCAGCAAAUAGAGUUUUCAACUAGUUUUAAAAUGUUUCUUGAUAAUUGGAAUAUUCAGACAGCUCUUUGGCUUAAAAGGGUCUGUUAUGAGAGAGCCUCCUUUAGCCCAACCAUUCAGACUUUCAUCCUCUCAGCCAUUUGGCAUGGUGUAUAUCCAGGAUAUUACCUAACAUUUUUAACUGGAAUGGUAAUGACAUUAGCAGCACGAACUAUGAGAAAUAACAUUAGACAUUACUUUAUUGAACCUCCAGAAGUUAAAUUAUUUUAUGAUGUUAUAACAUGGAUAACAACUCAAGUAGCAAUAAGUUACACAGUUGUACCAUUUGUACUUCUCUCUAUAAAACCCUCCAUUUUGUUUUUCAGCUCCUGGUAUUACUGCCUUCACAUUACUGGCAUCUUGGUUGUGGUAUUGUUGCCAGGAAAGAAACCUAAUAGAGGAAAGAAAAUACAGCAAGAUGAGCACUUCUCACAGUCCAAAAAAUUAGAGGAAGAAGACAGUCCUUUGGGACAGAACAGUUAUUUAGAAACAAAUAAUGUCAGCAAUCAACAGCAAAAAAUAACUCCCAGAAAUUCAGCACUAAAACAAUGAUGGAGAGAACAUUAGGCUGGCUAUUUUUCAUGUUUUC